AUGCCUCUUGCACCCCACAUGCAUGCUGCCACCAGAGCCGCGGCGCCGGCAAUUCCCAAGCUCGGCCCUGUCGCCUCAAGGGUACUACCGGGUCUCGUCGUAGCAGGUGUUGUCUACACCGUGGGGUCGUACGUCUCCUCGCAGCUACACACCGAGGCCGGUACAAUGGACCGCAUCUUCGCUCAGCAGAAUACGCCCGAGGUCGAGGAGGCGCGGAGGAGAUCCCUUCAGGUCGACGUCAACGGCGAUCCCCGGAACAACCUGCUAAACGUCCUCGGCUGGUCGAAAUGA